AUGUCCAACUCCAGAUCACACGCUCCCAGCCCGUCCACCUUACCCGCCGAAGCCGACCUCUCCUUGCCACCCACUCCCCAUAGCGUCACCUCCGACUGGACACCCUUGGCGGGAGAAGAGAACGCCGAGCCCAAAAAUCCACGUCGUUCAGACGACGACAACGAACUUCACGCGGAGAAGGCUGAGGGGUUCAUCCUCGGGCCUAUGCCCGUCGAGGACUUCCUCAACUUCCUCCCUGCGAAGCACACGGCGCGGAGGCCGUCAACGGAGGGGGCAUUCAACAAUGUCGACGAGCCUGAUGUGGCUUUUCAGCUGUUGGCAGCCAUCGGGGGCCACGACCGUUGCCCAGGGUUCGAGUUCAAAUACAAUGUCCUGGACUCGACAUCCAUUAAGCCUGCCCUGGUUUGCGUCCCGAAGGACUCGAUUGGGUCGGACAACGAAGCAACUGCGAAGUACGCAGCGGAGCUGUUCAUAGACGUACAGAGCAGCGACCAGGGCGACUUCUUCCGCGACCCGAAGCCCUUCGCUGACCGCCAGCGACACAAGUUCGUCCUGACGCCUCAGGACGCGGAGAAGACUAACCGGGUGAAGGCGCUGCAGGCGAUGGGCCGAAACAUCCGAUGGGCCACCGAUGCACUGAUGCACCAACACCGGGUGCACUAUUUCUCGGUGUCGAUCCACGGGCUGCGGGCGCGCCUGAUGCGCUGGGACAUGAGCGGGCUGAUCGCAUCGGAGUCGUUCAGCCUCCGGGAGAAGCCCGAAGUGCUGUGCGAGUUCUUGUGGAGGUUCGCGCAUGCGUCCACGGUCGAGCGCGGAUACGACCCGACGGUGGAGCGGGCGUCGAGCAGUGAGGAGUGUCUCUUCCGGCGGCUGGUUUCUUGCCACGUCCGGGAACAGCUAGACCUGAAGCUGGUGGACAUUCCGGAGGAGGAGGUCAAGGUCGAGGUCCGCGAGGAGUACAAGGAGCAGUGCGCGCUUCUUGAAAAGACCGUGGGGCAGCAUUACGAGGCCGGGCGCGUCGCGGCACUGACCAUUUGUGCGGAGGACGGGAGAUUCAAGCGCUGUCUCGUGUCGAGGCCGAUCGCUACGAACUUCUCGAUGAGGAGGGGUGCGAUGCGAGGAUACUGGGCGGUGAUGGACGGCCGAGUUGUUUUCUUGAAGGAUACAUGGCGGCAGUACGUCCUUGAGCCCGAAGGCCGCAUACUGAAGGAGCUUGAAGCGCACGGAGUGAAGAACAUCCCCCAUGUGGAACACGACGGAGAUGUUCCCAAGGUGAUGUACUGUGACGGCAUGCUCACGCGGUUCUCGGCCAUGGCGAACUUCGAGAGGACGACUCGGAGCAAAGCAGGCCAACAGCCGUCUUUCCAAUGCACCGAGACGGACUUAUACCGAGAGGCCGAAUGGCUAUGUCAUGGCGGCGCUCGGAUUGUGGUGCACCCGCGGGUCCACCACCGUCUGGUCCUCAAGGAAGUAGGCUUCCCACUUCAGACGCUACGAGGCACAAAGGAGCUGCUCGAGGCGACGCACGACGCGUUCCAAGAUUUCUCUGGCGACCUAGCGCUCAUCGCUGCGCACGACAAUGCGCGGAGGAUCCAUCGAGACAUCAGCGCCGGCAACGUCAUGUUUUAUCGGAAGCCGUACGAAGAUCAUCGCACAGGUUACCUGAUCGACUGGGAGCUCUCGUCGAAGGUACAGGAGGACGGACAGGCAACGGACAAGUACAUCGUGGGCACGCGCAUAUUCCUGUCACAGCGUCUCGAGGCGAGAAGCCAGCGGAGGCACAUGUUACAGGACGACAUGGAGGCACUCCUGUAUGUCGUCGCGUACUGUGGCCUCCAUUGGCUUCAGCAUCCUGCGCAUUCCAAGGACAUGAGGCAAGUCGUUCAGGCCAUGUUCCACAACCGCAAAGAGGUCCAUGCCGGGGAUGUACCUGAGAUAACGCACACCACAUUCCAGACGAUGGAGCCGGGCAAAGGCAAGCUGGACAUCAAGGAGAACCAGACGUACAUUGACCUCCCGAACUUCAACGCGGAUCUCAAGGAUUGGUUGUCACACUCGAUGGACCUCAAUCACCCGCGGGAUCCCAAUGAGGCGACGCAGUGGGACACGCCCGAGCCGUGGAAUGAUUACUGGAAAGAGUUCUUGGAGCGUGAACUGCCGGAGGAUGACAGGAUCCGUAAGCAGGAUAGUUCGUCGAUGAGGCCCAAGUUCGCAGUGAAGGCGAUCUGUCACCGUGCCGGGAUCCAUCCAAACAAACGGAAGACACCGCAACGCCGAGGACCGACGGACGACGGACAUGCAAAUGAUGCCCCAGGGAACGGCAGGCCAGUGAAACGCCUUAGGAGGACGGCGAGAUAG